UUUAUUAUCUAACGCGUUAGAAAGCUAUAAAUUUAAUAACUUACCUUUUUAAUUAGAUUAAACCAUUCUCAUUGAUUUUUUUUAAAACUUGUAUUUAAUCAUCACAGAAAUAUAAAAAGUCAUCCGUAAUCAAUGCCCUACAUAUUGAUAAGAGGCAAUUUAGCUUCGUAUGGCCACAAAAAUCCCUGGCGUGUUUUGGUAUCUGGCCUGAAAGCCGAAGAUAUAGAUCAGUUGAAACGAUUUGCUUGUGGGGGAUAUAGCGACAAUUCCACUAUUGUUUAUUUACAACAUCCUUGCGUAAUACUCAGUGCUUUAGAGGUAUUAGGGUACAAAGUAGUGGCUUCAAGUUCAACUGCUGUAAAGCAAGACUAUAAUGAAUAUAUGUGGACUAUGAGAAAGGAAUUUUCAGAGCCAGAACCAUCUAUAAUUGUUGAGCAAGAUAACAUCACAAAUUUUAGCAAAGAGGCUAUGCACUUUCAUCAUUCUAAUAAGGACGACGAAGUGUAA